UAUCCAGCUUUGCAGACAUUUAGGCCCCUCAAGCAUGUCCAAAUUUACCAAACCCACCGCAACCGGUGACCCGCAAAUCCAUCUGCCGCGAAAUCCAUUUCCUUCUCUAAUUCAUCGAAUACCCAUUAAAGCUUAAGCUACAAUGCCCCUAAGCUUAUCGUCCCACUCUCUCCAUCCCUCGACAUUCUUAUUCACCCGCCCUUCCACGCAGAAUUACAACUUUGCCAAGCCAUGGCUUCCAAACAGCCUUCUCCUGGAGAGAACCAUUACCCGAAUUUCCUGCGUUUCUACCCGACCCAAAAGAAAAUCGGCCAGCAAGACCGAGAGUUCAGAGGCUGAAGAGCUGGUUCGCUUGCUGAUGAGAAGUUUCAGCGACAAAGAGCCUUUGUUGAAGACGCUGAACAAGUAUGUGAAAAUUGUGAGGACCGAGCAUUGUUUUCAUCUUUUUGAAGAGCUUGGGAAGAGUGAUAAGUGGCUUCAGUGCCUUGAGGUGUUCAGAUGGAUGCAAAAACAGCGGUGGUAUAUCGCUGAUAAUGGCAUUUACUCAAAAUUGAUUUCUGUUAUGGGAAAGAAUGGCCAAACCAGGAUGGCCAUGUGGCUCUUCUCUGAGAUGCGUAAUAGUGGGUGUCGGCCUGAUACCUCUGUUUACAACGCACUCAUUACAGCCCACCUUCAUUCCAAGGACAAAACAAAAGCUUUGUGCAAAGCUCUUGGGUACUUUGAGAAGAUGAAGGGAAUGGAACGGUGUAAACCUAACGUUGUCACUUACAACAUUCUAUUGAGAGCUUAUGCUCAAGCUCGAAAUGUAGAGCAAGUUAAUGCAUUGCUUAAAGAUCUCGAUGAGAGCAUUGUUUCCCCUGAUAUCUACACAUAUAAUGGUGUAAUGGAUGCAUAUGGGAAAAAUGGGAUGAUCAGAGAAAUGGAAUCCGUGCUUUCUCGCAUGAAAAGUAAUCAAUGCAAACCUGAUAUCAUCACCUUCAAUUUGUUGAUUGAUUCAUAUGGGAAGAGGCAGGAAUUUGAUAAGAUGGAGCAGGUCUAUAAGAGCUUACUUCGCUCCAAGGAGAGGCCAACUUUACCCACAUUUAAUUCAAUGAUCAUAAACUAUGGGAAGGCCAGGCUUCAGGAGAAAGCAGAAAAUGUCUUCAAAAAGAUGACUGACAUGGGAUAUGCACCAAGUUUCAUCACAUAUGAGAGUCUCAUAAUGAUGUAUGGGUUCUGCGAUUGUGUUUCCAAGGCUCGGGAUAUAUUUGAUAGGUGGGUUGAGUCUGGGAAGCAGCUAAAAGUUUCAACACUCAAUGCAAUGCUAGAUGUUUAUUGCAUGAAUGGCUUGCCCAUGGAAGCCAAUAAACUUUUUGAGAGUGCAAAUAGUAUAGGGGUCAUUCCAGAUUCCUCAACAUAUAAGCUUCUUUACAAAGCUUACACAAAAGCCAAUGUGAAGGAGCUUCUGGGGAAACUGCUGAAGCAUAUGCACAGAGAUGGUAUAGUCCCAAAUAAGUGGUUCUUUCUGGAGGCUCUGGGAACAUUUUCAUCUUCACCACCAAGUCCAGAUUCUGCAAAUGGAACAACUAAGUUGUUGAACAGGCCAAAGGAUAGUGCAGCAACGUAGGUGGAGAUAGAUAAUAACCUCAUUUAUUUAUUCUUUGGAUCAGUUUUCAAUUAUGCGUAGUUUGAAGCAAAAUUUGCAUUCAAAAGGAUGGUGGAGAGGGUUUUGAUACUGGCUUACUUCAGUGCCUGAAUGAUGUGGAAAAUGCAGAGCCACCAGCACCUGUAUUAGGACUAUAGCUAAUUCCUUUCAUCCUUUGGUGAUUUUUAUUUGGGAGAAAGAAAACUUCUGCAGAAAGUGUGCAUUACUAUGUAAUUAGCUUUUUGCUUUCUGCUUUGAAUAAUGUAAUUAGGGCUGGCACUUAAGGUGCUAACCUUUGUGUUUAUUGUACCGUAGUUUAUGAAAAAUAAAUAAACUAUUGAUUCGUGUAUCA